UCAACUGUCAUGGCGUAAAAUUUAAUUUCAAUCCAAAUAAUCACAACAAAGUGGUACACACAAAUUAGUAGAAAAAUCUGUUUAUUUAUUGAAUUGUCGCUUCCACACGUAGAUCAAAUUGUUUUGUUCAUAGUUUGUGCCAUUUACAAUUGCAUUUUACAAUGAAUGGAUUAAAUUUAAGUGAACUAUGUUGUCUAUUCUGUUGUCCGCCGUUCCCAGGCAAAAUAGCUUCGAAAUUAGCGUUUCUACCACCGGAAUGUUCGUACGAUUUAAAGGCUGAUGAAACUAGUAGCACGAAAUUCAAAAUGACUCUACUGGAAAAGGCUGAUUGGCAGUACGGUGAUCGUGAAAAGGAACUGUUUGAAUCGUUUUUUGUGCGAUCCAGCAGAGGAAAUCGAAUCGCUUGCCUGUUUGUCCGUUGCAGUACGAAUGCUAGGUUCACAAUACUAUUUUCACAUGGCAAUGCCGUAGACCUGGGGCAGAUGACAAGCUUCUUCAUUGGACUCGGCCAGCGCAUCAACUGCAACAUAUUCAGCUACGAUUAUUCGGGAUAUGGAAUGAGCACAGGCAAACCAACCGAAAAAAAUUUAUAUGCCGACAUUGAUGCGGCCUGGCAUGCUCUGCGCACCCGUUACGGUAUUAGCCCGGAAAAUAUCAUUCUUUAUGGACAAAGUAUAGGAACGGUACCGACCGUUGACUUUAGCAGUCGUUAUCAGGUCGGAGCCGUAAUACUGCAUUCACCGUUAAUGUCUGGCAUGCGAGUUGCUUUUCCAGCCACGCAACGAACAUGGUUUUUUGAUGCAUUCCCUAGUAUCGACAAAGUUCCGAAAGUUACGUCGCCGGUGUUGGUGAUUCAUGGUACAGAAGACGAAGUAAUCGAUUUCAGCCAUGGCGUAACGAUAUACGAAAAAUGUCCACGAGCGGUUGAGCCGCUAUGGGUUGAGGGCGCUGGUCACAAUGAUGUAGAAAUGUACAGUCAGUAUUUGGAGAGGUUAAAGCAAUUCGUUUCCGUGGAACUUGUCAACUGACAACGACUCAAUUCUGAUACCAGCGCACAAGAGGCUUCGGGUGACGAUAUUCUUAAUGCUUCAAUAACCAUAAGUUCGACAUCAAACCAUUCACCAACGGAAAAAUUGCUCUAGCAUAAGGACUGUGGUGACAAUGUGCUCACCACAAAAUCCAACAAAACUGAUACUCCAACCGAACCGCUCGCUUCCAAUUCGAACGCACCAAAGCAAUUCAAUCAACUCGACUCCAAUAAACUGUUAAAUCAAUCAAACACAUCAUCAAGCAAUAAUUCUAAUCGCAAAACUGAUAAAUUGUGUGCAACGUCGUCAGCAGCAACAACAACAAUUUCAACAAAAACAACAGGGGUAAGUAAGACAGAUUUGUGUGAUCGCUCACCAUGUGACGGUGUUUUCUCAAUUUGUGGUAGUAUGGACAAUAAGAGUGACAUUAGUAUUGAUAAGUUAGGACGUAAAAUUUGUAACAAAUCGAGCAAUUUAAACGAAAUGAAUGGUUCAAAGAGCAAAAUUAUUAGUAAAAAUUCAAUUCGUAACGGACGCCAGCCAAAUUGCAAUGGCAGUGCAACAAAAUCGGUCGGCACACAAUACAGUUCCAUAAAGCGUAACACCAAUCGCAACGGCAAAUCGGAACAAAUUAACGACGGCGACAUCGUUGUCAUAUCGAACGAAUUCCGUGACAAUGCACUCAACCAGCAAUGUUUGAUCGAUAGCAAGCGAAAAAUUUUGAAAUUGUUAAAAGCGCGCAAAAACAUUGAUUGGCGGUCAUUGGACGAUAUGCGACCCGAUGCCACGUCGCCGCCGAAUAACAAUCAAUCGCACACGGAAAACGGUUCGUUGACCGGCGGAACCAAAACGAUACUAUCGAAAUCCGAUUCGCUUGUUGCUUCGGUGGAAUUAGUUUUCAUUCCCGACGAAUGUUUGCAGGAAACGCCGAAAAAGGUUUACAUUUUAAAGGACACGGCGCCCGGUUUGAAUAGUAAAAUUUUUUCGAAAGUCCAGAGCAACGGCAACGACACCGAGCGCAAAGAGAUUUUUUUCAUUUCGGACGGUUUCCGCAAGAAUUCGUUGAAGAACAGCACAGUCAUCGUUGAGGAUGAACCGAGGCGUCGGAACAAGCCGUUGAAAUACUUAAAGCAUUCGGUCCAACAGAGUUCGGUCGAUGAUGUGAAUAAUAAGAUGGUGUCGCAAGCAUUUCAUUCGUACGAUGAA